AUGGCGGCCAUAACCCGCUUCGUAAAACGCACAACACCCUUUUAUUCCUUAGCGCGUGGAUUCUCUUCCACUAAUUCUCACGCGCCUCCGCGUGAAAAUAGGAAUGUUCAAUGGGUUUUCUUGGGCUGUCCCGGCGUCGGUAAAGGCACAUACGCCAGCCGCCUCUGUAACCUCCUCGGCGUCCCGCACAUCGCCACCGGUGAUCUCGUUCGUCAUGAGCUUUCCUCCAAGGGCCCCCUUUCUUCAAAGCUAUCAGAAAUUGUAAAUCAGGGUCAAUUAGUAUCAGAUGAAAUCAUUAUAAACUUAUUGUCAAAGAGAUUGGCCGACGGACAAGCUAAAGGCGAAUCAGGUUUUAUUCUUGACGGUUUUCCUCGAACAAUAAACCAAGCAGAAAUAUUGGAAGGGGUGACUGACAUUGACUUGGUGGUCAAUCUGAAGAUCCGAGAAGAAGUGCUGCUUGCAAAAUGCCUCGGUAGGAGAACUUGCAGUCAGUGUGGAGGAAAUUUUAACGUUGCUUCCAUCAAUGUCAAGGGCGAGAAUGGUUCCCCUGGAAUGAGUAUGGCUCCCCUUCUUCCUCCUGAGCAUUGUAUGUCUAAGCUCAUUACUCGUUCUGAUGAUACUGAACCCAUAGUCAAAGAAAGGCUUCGUGUAUACAAUGAAUUGAGUCAACCUGUGGAGGGAUUUUACAGUAGCAGAGGAAAACUAUUAGAGUUUGAGCUUCCUGGAGGGAUCCCGGAAUCUUGGCCAAAGUUGCUGCAAGCGCUUAAUCUAGAUGAUUAUGAAGAGAAACAAUCUGUUGCAGCAUAA